GAGUCACUGCUGUGGCCGCCGCCAUUUUAGCGUUUUGUCAGAGCCGUCUACGCUGCGAGGAGGAGGACCUGCAGAUUUCCAUGCGGCUGUGUGGAGAUGGUGAAACUGUUCAUCGGAAAUCUGCCCCGGGAGGCCACAGAGCAGGAGAUCCGCUCACUCUUCGAGCAGUACGGGAAGGUGCUGGAAUGUGACAUCAUUAAGAACUAUGGCUUUGUGCACAUAGAGGACAAGACGGCCGCUGAGGAUGCCAUACGCAACCUGCACCACUACAAACUGCACGGAGUGAACAUCAAUGUGGAAGCCAGCAAGAAUAAGAGCAAAGCUUCAACCAAAUUACAUGUGGGCAACAUCAGUCCCACUUGUACCAACCAAGAGCUUCGGGCCAAGUUUGAGGAGUACGGCCCAGUCAUCGAAUGUGACAUCGUGAAAGAUUAUGCCUUUGUACACAUGGAGCGGGCAGAAGAUGCGGUGGAGGCCAUCAGGGGCCUUGACAACACAGAGUUUCAAGGCAAACGAAUGCACGUGCAGUUGUCCACCAGCCGGCUUAGGACCGCGCCCGGGAUGGGAGACCAGAGCGGCUGCUAUCGGUGCGGGAAAGAGGGGCACUGGUCCAAAGAGUGUCCGAUAGACCGUUCGGGCCGUGUGGCAGACUUGACCGAGCAAUAUAAUGAGCAAUAUGGAGCAGUGCGUACGCCUUACACCAUGAGUUAUGGGGAUUCAUUGUAUUACAACAACACGUACGGAGCGCUCGAUGCCUACUACAAGCGCUGCCGUGCUGCCCGGUCCUAUGAGGCAGUGGCAGCUGCAGCUGCCUCUGCAUAUAAUAACUAUGCAGAGCAGACUUUGUCCCAGCUGCCACAAGUCCAGAACACAGCCAUGGCCAGUCACCUCACCUCCACCUCUCUUGAUCCCUACAAUAGACAUCUGUUGCCGCCUUCAGGAGCUGCUGCAGCAGCAGCUGCUGCUGCUGCUGCUGCUGCUGCUUGUACUGCAGCUUCUACUCCAUAUUACGGGCGGGAUCGGAGCCCCCUGCGUCGCGCUACAGGCCCAGUUCCCACUGUUGGAGAGGGCUACGGUUACGGGCAUGACAGUGAGUUGUCCCAAGCUUCAGCAGCUGCUCGGAAUUCCCUGUACGACAUGGCCCGGUAUGAGCGGGAGCAGUAUGCGGAUCGGGCGCGGUACUCAGCCUUUUAAAGUUUGAGGUGGGAUGUGUGUGGGCUGAAAUUCCGAGCUGCGGUUGUGCAUGAGAAUACACCCUUCGUGGUACCCCAUCUCCGGGACGUUCUCGGCUCUGUGCAUUCAGUCCCUCAGGAACCAUGGACCUUAAUUUACCUUGUUAAGUUCUUUCUCUUUCCUAUUCUCUUUCCUGCUCAAUUUCCUGUUCUCCUGUUUAUUCUUCUGUAACUUCCCAUUCGAGUUCUGUUCUCCCAGCAUGCCUCCUAUG